AUGACUGCGAGUGGGGCGGCGGUGGGGGCGGAUCCGUCCACUGCUAGUCCAAGCACACCUGGCAGCAGAAGUAGUUCUGCCUCAGCAAGCCAUGCCAGGACACGAAGCAUUGACACACGAAGGGGGAUUCAUUCCUCGUGCAGUGACUUAACUAACUAUGGUUCUGCGCUGUCUGGAUCGGAUAUAGAGACGAAAUCGACCAGAACUGUAAAUUCAGCUAAAUUUACGCCGAUAACAAAUUCUGGCCCGAUUAAAUUUGUGAUAGUCGAUGAUAACAGGGCUCGAGAUGAUGGUGGUGAUACUUCAAUCGCCAAAAUAGGAAGUGACGCACCGCUUGAAAAGAGAAUGACGAGGAGUCAAUUCAAAGAGGCUACACGUGUGGACUCCACACCGGAGAACAGGAUUCUGACACAAACUACACCCGCUGUGCCAGCCCCUGAACCUCCGGUUCAUGAAAUCCCUAAGCCACCUGUCAUAGCCGGUAAAAAGCGCCAACAUAUUUCGCCGGUUGACAGCAGUACAAAUGGCAGUGAUGGUGACUCCGAAAGAUCAGAGACGGCAAACAUAAAUAUUAGCCGACGCAAACCUAAAGCUCGACUAAAGGAUGGGGCAAAUAAACAUCUUGCCAAACACAAAAACAUGCUGAAGGACCCGUCGGAUAUCGAGUGCAUGUCGAGCUGUGGAGAUUCAGUUGGAGGUAUUUCCCCAACAAGGAGUGUCAGUUCGUACAGACACACUAGGGAACCCAGGACGGUCCAGCCGACGGAAGAAGAAUCGAUGGAGGCUCAAACUGAGGAGCAGCUUGAUACAGAGGCAAAGAAGUGGCUGUGCUUACUAACGACUACCACCCAAAAAAGCAGGAACCUCAAAGGAGACUGUAGAAGAGCUAUGAAUGAGGCUACUAAGGGCUUAAAUAGAGUCAUUUCUAAACUCCUCAGUAGAGACACCCCUCAACACAUUAAAAGCCUGGAGGAUAGAAACAACCAGCUGACAAGCAGUGUUAAUCAGCUGAAGAAGCAAGUCGCCUGUCUUAGUGCUCAGGUGAGCGCUCUAAGCAAGAGUAGUGCAAAAACCCCUAAAAGCCAGCCAGUCGUGGUGGAUCAUACUGAGGUUUUGCAGGUUGAUGGAACGGACUUUGCCAAUAUGUUCGAAGAACUGAAAUCACAACUAAUUCGAACGACUGGCGAUAUUAUUAAUGCUCGAAUAGAGGGCCUCGAAAAUCGUCUGUUGCCGAAACAAAAUGUUCGUCCUCCGCUAGCGUCGGACAAAAAGAAGCAACAACAAGCGCCCUCGCAAUCGAUACAGCAGACGGGAACUAAAACCUAUGCACAGGUGGCACAAACGACGCCUACUAACACCAAAGCGUCGUCUUGCGCCGCACCUCGAAGAGUGAGCAUCGUUUUGCGAGCGCUCCGUGGAAAUAAAUUCAAAAGAGUGGGUUUUUCGCGUGAACCCCCAUUGAAUUAUACAUCAAUAGACGCGUAA